GCGGCGGCGAUGGCGGGCGGGGCCCGGGGGCAGCGGGGCGCGCCGGCGGGGGGCCGCGGCCGCUGAGGCAGCAGGUUUUCAUUCCCUACCCACCUUUGGAAGGAGCUCACUAUGACAGGGCAGAGUCUGAGGACUUUAUCUGAAGCGAAUUUUGAAGACAAUGAGAUCAGCAUCAACGUUGGAGGCUUCAAGAAAAAGAUGAGAUCCAACACAUUAUUAAGGUUCCCCGAGACCAGGCUGGGCAAAUUGCUGAGCUGCCAUUCAAAGGAGUCAAUACUGGAGCUUUGUGAUGACUAUGAUGACACCAAGAAUGAAUUUUAUUUUGACAGGAACCCCGAGCUCUUUCCUUACGUGCUACAUUUUUAUAACACUGGCAAGCUCCACGUGAUGGGUGAACUCUGUGUCUUUUCUUUCAGCCAAGAGAUUGAAUACUGGGGAAUCAAUGAAUUCUUUAUAGACUCCUGCUGCAGUUAUAGCUACCAUGGGAGGAAAAUGGAGCCAGACCAAGAGAAAUGGGAGGAACAAAGUGACCAGGAAAGUACGACGUCUUCUUUUGAUGAGAUUUUGGCAUUCUACAAUGAUGCCUCUAAAUUUGACAAACAGCCCUUUGGAAACAUCAGGAGGCAGCUCUGGCUUGCUUUGGAUAACCCUGGGUACUCGGUUUUAAGCCGUAUCUUCAGCGUCCUUUCCAUAGUGGUGGUGUUGGGCUCCAUUGUGACCAUGUGCCUGAACAGCCUCCCAGACUUCCAGAUUGUUGACAGCAACGGGAACACCGAGGAAGACCCUCGCUUUGAAAUCGUGGAACAUUUUGGUAUUGCAUGGUUCACUUUUGAACUGGUGGCAAGAUUUGCAGUAGCUCCUGACUUUUUAAAAUUUUUCAAGCAUGCCCUGAAUUUGAUUGACCUAAUGUCCAUCCUUCCAUUUUAUAUUACAUUAAUUGUCAACUUGGUGGUGGAAAGUAGUCCGACUUUAGCAAAUUUAGGCAGAGUUGCACAAGUCCUGAGACUCAUGAGGAUUUUCCGCAUAUUGAAGCUUGCCAGACACUCCACAGGUCUCAGGUCUCUUGGAGCCACUCUGAAGUACAGCUACAGAGAGGUGGGGCUUCUUUUACUCUACCUCUCUGUGGGCAUCUCCAUUUUCUCAGUAGUGGCUUACACUAUUGAGAAAGAAGACAAUGAGGGGUUAGCCACCAUCCCUGCUUGUUGGUGGUGGGCUACUGUUAGCAUGACCACAGUGGGCUACGGGGACGUGGUGCCAGGGAGCACUGCUGGCAAGCUGACAGCAUCUGCAUGCAUCCUAGCUGGUAUCCUAGUGGUAGUGCUUCCCAUUACACUGAUCUUUAAUAAAUUCUCUCACUUCUAUAGGCGUCAGAAGCAGUUAGAGAGUGCCAUGAGAAGCUGUGAUUUUGGUGAUGGCAUGAAAGAAGUUCCAUCUGUCAACUUAAGGGACUACUAUGCUUAUAAAGUUAAAUCCCUUAUGGCCAGCCUGACCAAUAUGAGCAGGAGUACCCCCAGUGAGCUGAGCCUGAAUGAUUCACUGCAUUAGUGUACAAGUCUGACAGCAGUUUGCAUGAGAGCUAUCAAGAGCUAUGUUUAUAAAUGUUUUCCUAUUUGUCUUUUUUUUUUCCCUAGAAGAUAGUGUUGCUGACACUGCACUUUGCACUUGAGAAACUAAAGACAUUUCUAUCACAAGUUAACAGUUUGCACAUUUUCAUCUUGUUGCAUAAGGGUACUGAGUGCUGACUUCCAUACAAAUGUUACCACUUUCAUGCCAUUACUACUAGUGGUAUAGUGAUGAUCUGUUGCUUUGUGCAUUUUCUCAUAUGAGCAGAGAAAUGAAUGUACCCAAGUGGAAUAAAAAUUCUCAGCUGUGACAUGAGUAAUGAAAAAAUCACCUAUCACCUAUACUGGUGUCUGUACUAGUAUAAGAUUUCCCAUGCAUUUUACAAUGGUUUGAAACAGCCACCUGUGAGUCACUGACACGGCAACACUUCUACCUAUAUUGCUGACCAGUGAUUCUGAUCAUCACUUGCCUGAAAACACCUCUGAGUUUGCUUAUUCUUGAGAGUGUGUGUUAAAAUCUGUGUGUUCUUGUUCUGAAAUGUUAUGUAUAAUAAUAUUUUUCAGAAUCUUCUGGGCAUAGACCUUCCUCUGUUUCCAAGAUUAGAUCAAUACUGAGCCCUCUAAAAAAGGCCACCCCUCAUUUUCAGAUAGCUACAUAUUCAAAGACUACAUUUCCACAAGUGACUCUAGGAAUGGAGGCCCAUCUAGAGCUCUAGAAUCCCAUUUCCAGAAGGGAUGUGCUCACAGCUUGGUCCCAGUGCAGCUGCAAAUGUGUUGUAUCAGUCCAUCAAAAAGGUUUUGAGAUUAGACAUAUGAAGAUGUGGCUUUUAAACAAUUUGAAGCACCAAUGAAAAACUUGGAUUUGAUUAAUGAAGUGAAAUAUUCCCACAUGAACAGUACAGGCAUCAUUUUAGGAACUGACAUUCAUAUACUGCAAAAAGACUAAUUAUAAAGAUGCCAUAUGUGAUGCUGAGAUACAAAAUCUAAUUUUAUCGGUAAAGCUUGAAAGCAGGUGUUGAUGACAGACAAUUCCAUUAAAAUUUCUGCCAAGGAAUCUCUAAGCAAAAAAACCAUUUUCACUCAGAAAGAAACUCUCAAUUUACAGCUAAGGGAGAGUCUAAGGGCCUAAGAAGGGAACAGAUAAAGAGCUUAAUACUGCACUAUCUGUGGGUAGAUCCUCCUACCUACUUCUGUGAUGUAGUCAAUUUUAAUCCUUUCAAGGGCUGGCAUGUACUUGUUUAAAAAAACAAAACAAAACACGAGAGAACAGAUCAUAUGCAAUUUCAAGAGUAAUAAUGAAUCUGCAUAGAGUUGGUUUUUGAGUGCUCAGUCUCCUCCCUUACGCAAUUGUACAGAGAUCAAACACUUGUAGUCAACAGGCAGAAGCCACUGCUGCCCUCUUUUCACAUCUGUGCUAGAAAACAAACUACUGGCACUCAGUGGGCAGAACAGCAUUUCUCUUCAGAUCCUACUGCUUUUCCAUCCCAUUCAUUACAUAUAAUGUUCCAAUUAAUUUUUUUGUUAGUUUUACUUGUGAAGAGUAGAGAGCUGCAGAAAUUAAAUUCAAUCUAGUUAGAAGAAAAAAUACUAAAGCUGAAAUUGUCUUUUUGGAAGACUGUGUUUUUAAACCAUGACAAAGAGUGGCUCAACCAACAAAAUAAAGCAAAUAUGGUAUGAAUAGGUAAUUGCCUCAUUAAGGCAAUUAGAGGUUGCAGCUUGGUCUGGAUCCUUUGAUGCUGUAUCAGCUCCACCUAAAAAACAGAAAGCUGAGCACCCAGGGUCACAUUUCUGUUUGCCCAGUGAUCUGUGACAGAAUACACAGUGUGAAAUAACUUACUCUCCCCCCCCCCCCACCAUUAAAGUUGGACACCCUCCCCUCACAUCAGUAGCUGAUUUAGGCCAUGAAGUGUGAGGGGAAAAGGUCAUUUCCAACCUUACCAAUUUCCAACAGAGCCUGCACAAGUUAUAAGUCAGUUGGCGAGCCAUUGCUUGCUGUCCCUGAGACUGAAAGUGUCAUACACGUGGUCCUGAAGGCAGACCUGGAUAACCUGAAUUUGGUGACCAAACUUGAAACAUUUUGCUAAGGUUUACACUUCUGGAUAGGGCUGGUUCAAUUCCAUUUCUGCAGACUCCCAGGCAUAAAUUCAGCAUUCCUGUCCCUGAUUCAUUCUGCACAUGUGUAAGCUAUGACACACCCACAAACAGCCACCUGACACACAGAGCAGCGUGAGGGCACCCCUGGAACUGAAACACGAAGAAAGGAACAAGGGGAGAAAGAGGUGGGCAUGGGCAGCACAUACACUCCAGUCAGGUUACAUGCUGCAAGGUUUGCAAUUCUCUCACUGAUGCAAAGGACACUGCAAACUCUGUCUGUUGGGUGGGGCUUUUGGAGAACUCCAAGAAGUGGUUUUACCUCCGUUUCAUAAACAGUAGAUUUACAGAGCUGAAAACCGGAGACUUUGAGAGCAGUUAUUUGGUGAGCCCUGUAGACUUGCCAAAGAGCCACAAAUUCCCUCAGCUGUUGCUUGUUAAACAUUGCAAAGGUUGGAUUUAACUUUGCAACACAUCAUUUCAAUAACCUAUAGCUUAUCUUAUGUUCUAGAUUUAUUAUUAUUUGUAGGACUAAUGUUCCGUCAUUUCUGCAAAUAUUGACUGGAACAUGUUCAAAUUGCAUUUCACUAAAGAAAAUGAAAUACCCAAGGAAUUCCAACUUUUAUUGUAGUGCUUGAAAGGAAUUUUCAUUAUUGCAUUUUUAUAUAAGUGCUUUUGAUCAAAGACACUAAAUAAAUAAAGUACUGAAAUUUAAGAUGUUCUUAUUAUCAUGGCAAUUACUUUACACAGUGCACAGGAAUUCCUUUCAUAAACUUAACUGACUCCAUGUUAAAAGUAGUCACAUUUUUGCCCCCACCUCCUCCUGAAGACCAUUCCAGAGCUGUGCUGCUCUCCAAGGCUUGCACAACUUUUAGCACAAUUUUAUUAAUGGCUGCUUUAUACCGGCAUUUUUUUUCUUUUGCCAACACUGUUCUUUAGCUUAAAAAUUUCAUUUUCCUCUUGGUAUAUUUAUAGACAGCAACCAUAUGGUCUUACAUACGCAUUUUCACAGGUUUAUACCUCUCAAGCUUCCUUUUAGUUUUCUUUUUGCAAGUCCUGUUCUCUUGGCCACGCUAGGGGAUGUAGCCCUUUUUUUGCAUUACUCCUGCUUAGAUUUAUUAAGUUUGAGCAUUGGACAGUACUGUACAGCAGUUUUAAUAUUUGCUUAUGACUAACAGAAUUUUUUACUGAGCAGAAUAACAAUUUAAUUAUUUCAGAAACAUUGCUGUCUUAGCUGCCCCCAAAAUAUCUAGGUAAGGAGAACAGGGCACAUCUUUCCUGCCAUUUUAUGAAGUAAUGUCUAUUCUAGGGCUCAGUGCAGUACGUGCUGCAAAAACUUAGCUCUCAUUAAAUAAAAGCUACAGGAAAAUGUUUACAUUACACUUUGAAGAAAAAAUGCAAUCUCUCCAAAGGUUCACAGGGGAGAAGAGACUUUUUGCACAGUCAGUACUUUUGCCAGAUUUGCUCACUCCCUGCUGUGUGAGAGCAGGACAUGUGCACUGCCACACACCACUGGGUCAGGACUGAAGGAUGAGAGCACUAACUGCCCACUUUCUCCAGAGCUGGUCAUGAAUCUGCUCAGUAGGGAUGUGCAGUUUUCUGAAGAACAUUGCAGGAGCCUGUGCUCCUCCUGCCUGUGACAAUCACCUUGGUGGCACCAGUGAAAACGCUGUGCCUACUCCCUUUCAUCUGAGAGCUUUGUAUCAUUUAAAUGAGAAUUGUGGUAAUAUUUCAAAUGAGGCAACUCACUUUAUUGCAAGGAAUAAACUGUUAGAGAAUCUGGAUUUCUAGUACAAAUCUAGGGUAUUAUGAGAGUCAGAGAUGCCCUUGAGAAGCAAAAUGUUACAUUAUGUUCCUGAGAUGUAAAAUCUAUAUAUAGAUUGUGAUUAAGCUUUUUAUGUAUGUUCAGAUUUUGUAUUAUUGCCUGGUUUAUUACUCAUUUGCUUUCAUCAGUUGCUAAUUCUCUCUUUCCCUGCAGACUUUCCAUUUUGAAAACAGACUGGUUUUUCCUCCCAUGUUAUAUAGAGCAUGGGCCACUUCCACUGCAAACUUAAAACCAAAAAACUUUGCAUUUAGUUUUCCAAAUUUAAUACCUCCAGUAACUGUACCUUUUUGUAUAGAACUUUACAAGACUGCAAGGAACUACAGUAUUUGGUGCUCUUUGUACUGUGUGUCUUGUCCCAGUAGUGUGUAAUGCACUAAAUAACUCAGUUUUGUGCCACAAAAAGGAAAUUAAAUGCAUAAAAAAUUAUCUUUUACCAGAGAUCUAAAACUGAUUUAAGUUUCAGGACAUUCUGAGUAAAUAUUUUAAUCAGAGAAGCCUGAGCCUCAUUGUGCAGAUAAGUUUUUUUAAACAUGCACAUCAGGCUAGAUUUCUAUUCUUAGAAAUGCUCUUAAUUGGUGGUUGUGGUGGGGAACCCACAUUUUUCAGUUGAACAAACAGUACAAGCCUCUUGUUCUCUACCUGACAGAUUAGGGACUAAACAACAUACCACCAGCAUUUGUAGGCACUAAAUCAACUUGACACGACCUUUCAUCUCUUCCAAAAUAAGCCCCAUCCCUAGAGGCCCCAGCUGUGCACAUAUAAGCAGCAGAAAGCCCCUGGAGUAACUGCUCCUGCUGUGCUGGUUAUCCAUUUCCUCCCACAAUGCUCCUGACUUUAAUCUACCUUUGAUGGUGCUUUCAAACAACAUUCAACCCAAGGCACCAGUCAUAUCCCUUGGUGAGGUGUUGUGCCAGAACUGUUCUUUUCUCAUGUUAUUCUUAUUUUCUUUUCCAAUUUAUGCACCUGGCUUCCCAUUAAGUUACAUCAGAAAUUAAUUUGAUCUCCUGUAACUAACUUUCAAGUUGCACACUAUUCAGACAGGAUAAAAGAAUGUUCCCAUCUGAUUUCUGAAGCAUUUUUUACUGAUUCUGCCUUUUUACUGAAAAAAAAUAUUUUGCUUCUCAUCUGAGAAUAAUUUACGGGGUUAAAAAUAGAGCAAUGGGUAAUACAUUAUUCAAAGCAACAGUUCUACAGAGCAAUCACUGAAGCUGCUAAGAAACAUAACUCUCAUUAAAAAUUGUGGAUCUCUUCACCCCUCAGAUAUAAAAUUACGAGUUGUCAAGUGGAGGAAGCAACCUCCAAACAGUCUAGAAAGUGUUUCCCAAGAUCACAUGACACUGCUGGCAAAGGUCUGGCUCUGGAAUUUAUUUGCCCUGCUGGAAAUGAGGAUGGAGAAUCAUCUCACAGGUGUUGGGACUCACGCUGACCUCCCACUGCAGAAAUUUGUUUGCCUGACAUCGCCUCACCCUUUACACACAACCCUAAAUCAUGUAAGUCCUCACUUGGAUAAACACAUGAAUUUGCCAUAAGAGGCAGUGGCACAAAUCCAGCAUUUCAGCUUCACAGAAGUGCAAAGAAACAUCAGCACCUCCCACUCUUACUUUUUUUCUUUAAGGGUACUAAUGGGCUCUGGCUUCUCACAAAUCCCUGUUCAGAUAUAAACAGGGCUAAGUUUUUCAGGAAUUGGACAAAGACUGCUAUAAAUCUGACAAUUCCUUCUACAGAUCUAAAGCAGCCCAAGAGCUGCCCAUUUUCAGAUGCACGGUCCAACAUCUGCUUGUUGUCACCCAAUGUGCAGAUGUUCUGUGUGGUGCAAAAGUCUGUGUAGCUUUGAGCAGACAAUUCCUCUGAUGAUGCUGUUGACUUUCAAAGAAAACUCUUCAUCUUACUUGGAAGAUGAGUGGUACUCACACAGUGGCUCAGUUUGCUUGCCAGCAGCUGCUGUGCUGCCCAUCCCAAGUCCUGUACCUCCUGCUUCACCCUCUCUGUCUGCCAUAGCCUGAUGUGGCUAUUCCUGCAGCCUCCAUGACAUAUGAGAAAAAGUGAUGUGCUGGGGCUGUAACACAGCAAAAUGGGGGUUUGGAGUUCCUGAAUUAGGAAUAUCGAUCCCACUAACUUUCAGUAGAAAUUAUCCUUUCAAAUUACUAUGCUGUUUUUGAAAUUCAUGUUCCAUCCCAUUCUAGGAAAUUUUCUGAAUACUGACACCCUACCAUAGCCCCAUUAAGGAACAUCCAUUUGAUUACCAUUAGGUAAAUUCUAAUUUAUUUCCAUUGUAUCAGUGCCUAGGCAUGUCAGACUAUGGGCUAGCACCUCCCUGUGUUAGGUUUUCCAAGUAUGGCAGAAAAUUGUGGUUUACUUUUGGGAAAAAUCUACUCUCUAUGUUAUUUCAUUCUUCUUUCCAUACCAAGGCACACCUUCCUACUGCCACAGUUGGCAUGAUAAUUUUUUAACAUUUUGAUCCCUUCCCUAUUGAAGGAAGAAGCCCUGGAUGUAUUUUUCUUUGGUGAGCUGGUUCUCAGCAUUCCCUGUGGGAGCAUGCUCUGAAGAAGACAGCUGAAAGCAGGGAAGAGGCGAUGCCACUUGCAAGCACCUUCCAGAAGAGUGGCUUAUCCCCAUCCUACUCACCUUUUGUGUCUCCCCCUCUCUUGCAGGGUCAGCAGAGAGGCAAGGCAGGCCCCACAACAGGGACAUCUCAACCAGCCAAAGUCAGGAUGCAGCUCCUUCUCCAAUCCUUCCUUCCUCAGCCUGGCAAGUGAACUACGAGGCCUGGCAGUUGAUUUUUGCAAGGGACAUCUCAGCUGCAGUAUUGAAAAUGCUUUAUAGAUAUAGGGAAAUUUUGCUUAUGCUUUUGAUGGCAAAAAUGCUUGGGCCUUCCUUAUACAUUGAUGAGGGCAGCCCCACUCCUGGCUCUCAAAUUCCCCAAAUUGGAACUGUACUGGGGCUCUCCUCAGUGUUACCAGUGCACUGCUGGAGAACACAAAGGAUUCUGCCUCAUGUGAGGCAGAGUAACACAGCACUGGCCCAUCCACCAGCACAGAAAAAAACAAAUAUGCUUCCUCACACUCAGCAGGAGCCCCAGAGCACCAAAACAAUUUAACAUGCUGGGAAAGGAACAGAGGUGACAGGUGCAUUUGAUUUCCUUGGGAAUCCCUUUAGAUUCAGAGAAAGGUCAGUCUAGACAUACCAAGAAUACAGAAGAAAAAGUCUUUGCUAGACAGCUAAUGAUACCUGAAACAAAACACCUGACAAUUUUCCAUCCUGAGAAAGCAGUAUUAUAAAGCAAAGUGCAUCUUUUCAUCUUCCCAGAGAAGAUGAGAGGAAAGCCAUAGGGAAUGAAAAGUUAGUCUGUUUCUGUUCUGGGCUUUUAAAAUAAAGCAUUAAUACAAUGCAGCCCAGAAAAGAACAAACCUGAAGGGAAAACAAAGCUGCAACUGAGCAGUGUUUCAAUUCUUUCCUUGCAAAGUGCACAGGGCAGUCAUGUCUUGCAUGGUCUCAAUUAAAGAUCUGGACCAAAAGUCAGAGCCCACCUUCCAAAUGUUUCAACUUCAAAUUUCUACACACAGCCAGGAGUGCUAGACAUAUCCUCCCCUGGGUCAGCAGCACGGCACUCCCAACACGAGGUUGGCAGCUUCACAGUAUUGGGGAGGUAAGGCCAUGCAGGUGCUGUCACUUGCUGUGAUGAGGGAACACAGCAGCUGCCCAUUCAGCCCCGAGCAGCCUCGACCCACUGAUCAGGACAGAAGCUGGGAGACAGCUCAGAAAUGCAGCACUAGCUCUUCUAAAAAAGCCUGAAUGGUUGCUCCUCGUGCUAGAGCAAAGAGCUGAACUAAACAGUUCACAUUAGUCAAACAUUGUGCAAAUAAGACUUUCUCCUACUCUAGCUGAAAGAUAGGACCAAACUGUUGAGAUUUUUGUGGAGGCAGUAACUGAAGACAAGUGCUAUGAGAUGUAUAAACUUAUGUCAGUUGAUGGACUGAAUAAAUCAGCACUAGCUACACUUAAAA